UGGAAAUGACGUCAUUAGCGUUCGACAGAGCAAAGCGGCAAGCGUCAAGGCUCAUAUCUGUUCACAGAUUUAUACAGAUCUUGAGGUGAGUGGGCAGUUAAAAUAACAUGGCCACCCAGCGUGUCCUCCCACAAAGUAAAGAGACUCUUCUUCAGAACUACAACAAAAGGCUAAAAGAUGACAUCAGGUCCAUCUUGGAUAACUUCACGGAAGUCAUCAAAACUGCCAAGGUAGAGGAUGAAACACAGGUUUCCAGGGCAACACAAGCAGAGCAAGACCACUAUGAAAUGCACGUCCGAGCUGCCAACAUUGUGCGGGCCGGUGAGUCUCUGAUGAAACUGGUCUCUGAUCUGAAGCAGUUCCUGAUUCUGAAUGACUUCCCUUCUGUAAAUGAAGCCAUUAGCUUGCGCAACCAGCAGCUGCGGGCAUUGCAGGAGGAAUGCGACAAGAAGCUCAUCUCUCUGCGGGACGAGAUCGCCAUAGACCUGUAUGAGCUCGAGGAAGAGUAUUACUCCUCCAGGUACAAAUAGUGUCCCCAGAGACUCUGCUAACCGGUAGUUGAGUCUCAUAAUGUCCAACACACAUACAUAAACAUACACAUAAUACAUACCUUUGUGCCUUAAGAAGAAUAGUUACCCAUGAAGAUUCAACAGCAAGGAUUCUACAUGCCUGUGGUCAUCAUACUUAUCCCAGUGUUAUUCUUGAACACUAAAAUGCCCAUGUUUCAUUCACAUACCUUAGUGCCUUGGGUAUGCUAAAUUGCUAAAUGGCAUUUAUUACCAGUAAUGAUGUUUUGCAUAAGAGUAAUAUAUGUUUAGUAUACUAAAAGCUGGAGGAAAUUGUGUCCAAAGUGCCUUAUUUUAAAAGAGGUCUUGGUAGUUUGCUAUUGAUAUUCAAAUGUCUUUAAGGGAAUACUCCAGCGUUUUUAAAGCUCAUCUAUAUUUGCUUCAUCUGUAUUAUACAGUUACCACAGACAACCAUUUAGACACAUUUUCUUGUACCUAAUAAAGAAUAGAAAAGCUAUCGAUUCAAAGCUUCCCUGUUAUAGAAGGCUUUCGGCAGUCGCUGCAUUCUGUAAGUAACACUGGGUUCAUAAUUUUAACAAUAAAUUUAAUUAAGAAAAAAAUGAUGACUAUAAUUAUGUUGUUGUACUGUUUACUAAUCACACUACAGCUCAGAGGCAGGAGGUGUACCGGAAUGAGAUGUCGAUUGGUGCUAAUAGUUUGCUAAACCUUGGUGUUCUAAUGCAGUUACAUUAGAGGGUUUAAUUAACACACCAUGUCCAUUCUCCACUAUGCUUUGUCACAUCUCCUCAGUGCACAUUGUUGCAGUUUUGUAUUGAGAUAUCAUAAUGUCACAAUGCAUUGUUAAACCUUUAACAUUUGUGAGAUGAGCUGUAAAUCUGUAUAAUUUAUUCUUUCAGAGAUGGGAUUAGUUUUCCAGAGAGAAGAGUGGUAGUUAAAAACAUAGUGGUGUGAGUGGAGUGGAGUACAUGUAUAUCAGAAACAUAUGAGAAAUGGAAAGUAACUUGAUUUGCUUUUUUCUGUGUUGUUCCAGUGUUUUAAAACUUUAUAACAGCAGCUUUGGUAAGACAUUGAAUGCAUUUAUAUGCACUUGAAAAUCAGAUUUUGGCAGUAAUCUGAUCAAUUUUACAUGCACAUGAGUAAUCAGAUAAUCAGUAAUUUCUGCUUUGCAACCAGCCAAUAAACUCACAGAAGAGGAUGUGGCAUAAACAUAAUAUAAAACCCAAACUUCAUGCUGAUGACUUUUUUUGCAUUGCACCACUUUACCUGAAAAUAUGAACAUACAUAAUUUAGAAGAUUUAGAAUAUUGAAAUCCUUUAUUUCGUGUUUGGUUUCGCCGCUGCUCCAAAAGUGUUUUGCUGUGUCUUACGACAUUCACCAUCUGUUCUCACAGGUACGCAGAUGGAAAUCAAGAGUACUAGUAUACCUGCACUAAGAAAUCUAAUUACUAAGCUAAAAUUUGUCUGUCUUUAUCGGAUUUCUAGAAUAUGGUAUUUACAUGAUCAUUUGAAUUUGGAUGCUGCAGAAAUUCAAUUAUGAUCAGAUUAUUGAGUGCAUGUAUAUGCACUCAUUUCCUCAUGUUACCUAUUCUGAAUGUUUAAUUACAGAAUUCAGCACCUGCCACUGGGUUAGAUUUGAGCCAACAGGGUUUCUGCUCUUUUAAAUAUGCUGAAAUUACUGUCUGUGGUAAUUGAUAGGACAUAAUAAAUGCAGCAGAUAGGCAUCAAGUUGAAAAACGUUGGAACAUUCUUUUAAGGGGUAGAUGCUUUUAAUAGGUCAAGUACAUACCAAGAUUUCACAGUUUAUGAUUCUGUGUUGUGUAUAUAAAGGUGAUAUUUGUGAUAUGUUAUGCAUUUUAUUUUUUAUAUGCUGUGCUGGUGAAUUAGACAAAUCAAUGUUGUAAUGCACAAAGAAAGUUCACAUCAAAGCAUAUUUUAAUAACGUGGAGUUUUAGAUUUGUAACGGACUCAACAGACCAAUCAGGUUGAUUAAAACAAGUAAGUUAUGUGACAGUGAUUUUUUUCAUUUUAGUUGAUGAUUUUUAUGUAUAAGAGAUUGUAACUGUCCUGUUAGAAUCAACUUAAUGAACAUUUGUAUAAAGUUACAUUGUGGCUUGCGCUAUUAUAGCCCAUUAUAUUACGUUUUUUUUUUUUCUUCUAAAGCAGAGAUGACUUUUUUUCUUUUUCAACUGGAAACAAACAUUGUCUCGUCACAUUUUCAAACAGAGUAGCUUAAUGAGAGAUGCUAGCAAAUCCAUGGGUCAAAUCCAUUACUGUUCAAAAUGUAUUAGAAUGUUUUCCAUUUUUUCCAGUCUAAUUGGUCAUGUUAAACUUUACAAAUAAAGCAGAAAGGAAAGAGAGCAA